AUGACCGGAUCGGUCAAGCUUGGGUCGUCGGCGUCACCAUCAGAGGGACAGGCAGGGUUGGGUAUUCGACGCCCUCCAGGCUUCACGCCCCAUCCUUUUCCAACAGGAGGAUCUUCGCUUAGCCCAAGUCUGCACACGGGAAUCAAUGACCAACGGCUCCAAGCUCCACAGCCUAGUCUAAAUCUGGUUAUCUAUGGAACACUCCCGAGGUUUUAUCCAUCUGAUCUGCCAAAUCCACCGAAUCAUAUUCUUCCUCUUGCAAGGAACCUCACGGCAGAGAUGGAGGCUGCUAGUCAGUGGGCCAGGGGUCUCCAUUACCAAGCAGGCCAACAAAGUGGGCCUAACCAAGCCCAUUCCUGUCCUGAUGCAAACUCGGCCCAGGCCAACCAACAAACAGUCUCUGAAAUGGUGUUCGAUCUCAGCAAAAAGAUGGACCUCAAUCUGAAGCCCAACGAAGUGGAUUAUUUUGCUUAUGAGAAGCAAAUUGAAGAAGGGCAUGCAGAAUACAAGAAAAGAAAGCACGGUCAACCCUUGGACUUCGAGGGACCAUACUUCUCACCAGGGAAAGGACUAGUUAAACCACAUAAUGCAAGAAUCAGAGUCAAAGGAAGGAAGGUCCAGCAUACUAAGGUGAAGGAAGAUGAAGGGCACCUAGAGGAAUCAGGAGAUGAAGAUGACUACCAAGGUAAAAAUUCUGAAGCGCCGGUGGCCGGCUUUAAGCCACCGGGAAUGAAAUGA